AUGAACCAUCAGUAUUCCACUAGCGAAGAGCAGGACUAUACCUACAGUUCUAGCAGUCAAUAUGGACUUUCGCAGCCAUCUCUGCAUUCCUACUCGACUCAUCUUCUCUCCCCGUACAGCCAACAUUCUUCCGUUUCCUCUGAGGGCUCCCAGUUACCCCCUCAUUAUGCAACAUCACAAUCAGUGUAUGCUCAGACGCAACAGCAUUCUCCGCCGAGUCAUGGGUACCAGUACCCGAUUCAUUAUAUUGCCCAGUCAAGGUAUCCUCCAUCCCAGAGAUACCUCUCCAUUCCUGACCCUCUACGAGAUGUCGAGAUUGAGAGGCAAGAGUCAUGUAACGAGCACUUGAUGGCUUCUGAGCCAGUGCUACCGCCGCUGGAAGGGUUUCCAGACGUUGGAGAGUUCGACCAGCUCGUGGCCAGUUACGUCCAAGACCUAUCGGUCAAAAAGCAGGAUAAAGCCUUGAUACAUUCAAGUAGGGCACGAAACAUCAGAACGGUACUCAUUGACCCAAAAAAUACGGCAAUAGAGUCGGCGCAGUUUCGCUUCUGGGUCAAGAAGAUGUUCAAGCUUGAGCAAAAUGAUAAUAACAGAGCAUAUGAGUUAAAACGGUUCAUCUGCCAUGAAGGGAAACCAGUCGCAAUCCGGGAGAAGUUGUUCAAAAUUCUGACAAAGGCACACCAGCAAUGUCAGCAUGGCGGCCGAGACAAAACCUCAGCACAGGUUCGAAGGCUAUAUUCCUGGUAUGUGGUCCCUAAAGAACUAAUCUCCCGCUUCGUCAAAAUUUGCCCAACCUGCCAAGUCCGCCGCGGCGGCUGCCGCCUCACCCCUCCAAACUCCCGCAAAAACUCCCCAAAACUAACAACCCUCCCAAACCCACAACUUCUCUCCCCGCCCGGCUCCAGACGGAACUCCGUAAUCAGUCGUGCCGGCGCCAGCACCGCGGGACGAUCGCAGAGGAAAUACUCAUCCCAUCACCACGUCCAGGGCUCGCGUUGGGGUCAGAGCCACGGCCACAGCCACAGCCAUAGUCCCGAAGGCCACGGUCACCAUCUCCAUCACAGCCAUUACCAACAUCACGUCAACCCUUUGGCGCCCACGGGACUGGCGACGUUGCCGAGAUCGAUGUCCGGUGCCAUGGAUGAGAUAUCUGGGGGAGGCAUGCAUUUGGCAUCGACAAGUCAUUUGGAUUAUCAUGCCUCGUAUGACGAGGGGCAUGGGAUUCCUGAGUCGCAUUAUUGA